AUGCCGAAGCCACCAGCCAGUCUACUAUUGCUACUCUCCGUGUUCUUCCUCCUGUUACACCAAUGCUAUGGAGACGUCUAUGUGGCCCAACUUCUGGAGCACCUGAUGAUGGACUACAAUAAAAUCUGGACGCCGGAUGUUGUGUUAUACAACAACGCUGACGGGGAACCGCAUAUCAACAUCGCCUCGCUUGCUAUGGUCGAUUCUCAGGGAACUGUGAUCUGGAUGCCACCCUCCAUUUAUAAAAGCUUCUGCGCCAUCAACAUUGCUGAUUUCCCAUACGACUCGCAGACGUGUGAGAUGAAAUUUGGAGGGUGGACAAACGACGGUCAAACCCUUGAUCUACAACAAAUUUCGCCCGUCGUAAAUGAAAAGCCAGAGAAACGAUUCGAUGACACAGGGACCGAAUAUCAAUUUUUGCCUAAUGGAAUGGGACUUUCAUUCUAUCAUUCGUCUGCGGAAUGGGAUUUAAUAUCGAUAACAUCUUCCCGUUAUGCCCAAAUUUACCCGGGCUGCUGCGGGCAAGUCUACUACAUCGAUAUUCGCUAUUCACUAGUCCUCCGGCGAAAAGCUAUUUUCUUUACGGUCAUGCUAACCAUCCCAUCGAUGUUGAUUACAAACAUGACGCCAUUUGUCUUCUUCAUUCCACCCAUCGAGCACAAAAUGACCUUCUCCAUCUCGAUCUUCGUGGCCUUCUCCGUGUUCUACCUGGUCUUAAUCGAAAUCAUUCCACCCACUUCACUUGUUCUUCCGUUAAUCGGAAAAUAUCUGCUUUUCACUCUUAUUAUGAUCUUUUGCUGCACGAUCGUUUCCGUGGUGAACAUUAAUAUCUACCGACGACAAGCCUUUGCCUGGGAAAUGUCAGAUUGGCAGCGCUGGCUAUUUGUGCGAACGUUACCGAAAUAUUUGAAGCUGAAACAGCUCGAUUAUAGCGAGGAAGAGAAAGAACGAGAGCGGAAGGAGACUGAAGAGAGGAAGCUCAGGAGAAUGGCGAGACGAGGCAGGCGGGUAAGAUCGAAGCGCGCUCCUGCCGCAGACACAUCUCCGGUCUUUCGGUCAAGAAGGUUGAGACUACUCAGCCUUGUCGAGAUGGACGUUAGCUUCCGUAACAGAAGCGCGGCCGACGCCCACUCACUAAUCAAACAGUUGUCAAAUUCCGUACAGAUUAUUGCGGCCCAUUUUCAUAAUCAAAGUCAGGAGAGCAAGAUCACCGAUGAGUGGAGAUUGAUGUCCCUUGUCAUCGACCGAAUAUUCCUAAUCGUUUACGUUCUACUAAAUUUAGGCGCUAAUGUCUGGUUCGUUUUAUCCGUGCCGACAAUAUUUGAUGACCGGCCCGAGCUGUUCGGCACCCCAGCCUACAAGCCCCUGUCCGGGGACGCAAUCAAUAUCCUCUCACGGCCAGACUUUGAAUAUCCUGUC